AUGGAUUUAGGGUUUGAUGAUAUUAGCUUUGAAGAUCAUGAUGAGAAGACAAACUUCAGGGUUUUGAAGGUAAGUGACAUAGAAAAGAUUCAAGAAGAUGCUAUAGCAAGUGUUUGUUCUUUGCUUUCGGUGCCUAAAGAUUCUGCAUGCAUUCUUCUUUACCAUUUUAAGUGGAAUGUUGAGUCUUUGAUGGAGACAUGGUUUUCAGAUGAAGAAAGGGUCAAGAAGAAUGUUGGGUUGGUUAAGAAAGCUUCUUUUGCUAAUUCUUUAGACUUUACUUGUGGAAUUUGCUUUGAUGUGUUCCCUGCUCAUGAUAAGAUGGCUUGUUCAUGUGAUCAUAUGUAUUGUCAUAGCUGUUUAGGUACUUACAUUAGUAUUUCUAUUGAUGAGGGACCCGGAUGCCUGUCGUUGAGGUGUCCGGAUCCCUCGUGCAAGGCUGCAGUUGGUGUUGAUAUGGUUUCUUUGUUGGUUUCUGAUGAAUAUUGGAAAAAGUUUCGUAAAUACUUUGUUAGGUCUUUUGUUGAAGGAAAUAGUCGUGUUAAAUGGUGUCCUGCCCCGGAUUGUGAUGCUGCUAUCGAGUACUAUGGGGAUGAUGAUGGUGAAAGGGGAAGCUAUGAAGUUGUUUGUAGUUGUUCUUUUAAAUUCUGUUGGAGGUGUAUUGAGGAAGAUCACCGACCAAUUGAUUGUGAUACGGUUGUUAAAUGGAUACAGAAAAACAAGUGUGAAGCACAAAAUGUGGAAUGGAUAUUGGCUUAUACCAAGCCUUGUCCCAAAUGUAAGCGAGCAAUUGAGAAAAACAUGGGUUGUAUGCACAUGACUUGUAACAGGUCGUGUGGGCAUGAGUUUUGUUGGACAUGUCUGGGCCCAUGGUCAAAUUACCAUCACUGCAAUACCUACAAGUCGGGGCAGAAAAAUAAAACUGAAAAUGCAGAGGACAAGCGGAGACAGAAUGCUAAAGAAUCCUUGGAGAGAUACACCCAUUAUUUUGAAAGGUGGGAUGCAAACCACAAGUCAAGAAUGAAAGCACAAACUGAUCUAGAGAAAAUGCAAGAGAAGAAUCUUAAUAUUCUUUGUGAAAAAUUUGCUUUGACCAAGCUCCGCUUGAAGUUUGUUUCAGAAGCCUGGGAACAGAUAAUUGAAUGUAGGCGCACGUUGAAAUGGAGCUACGCAUAUGGGUAUUUUAUACCAGAGAAUAAAUGUGCAAAGGUAGCAUUGUUUCAGUAUUUGCAAGGUCAGGCUGAGGUUGGAUUAGAGAGACUUCAUCAAUGUGCGGAAAAGGAACUCAUUAAGUUGCUGGAGGAUCAUGAGGCUACUGCAGAUCAAUUUGAUGUUUUUCGUGUGAAGCUUGUGGAUCUUACAAGUGUGACUAGAAAUUACUUUUCAAAUCUAGUUACAGCACUGGAGAAUGAUCUAUGUGAAAGUGAACAUGAAGGCCAAGCAAAAAGAAAAGGCAGAAACAAAGUGGAGAAAAGGGAUGGUAAGAAACGAAAAACACUGGUCUAG